UGGUGUUGGCUCAGGGCCCAAGUUCGUGCUAGCAAACUCAGAUGAGUUUAUCAUGGGAGUCAGUCCCUGGAACCGUCAGGAACAAGAAAAAAAAGCCCCAUUAUACCCACGCGUCCAAUCGUUUUUCGGUGUUUUAUUGCUCAGAAACGACAGCCCUGGCCGUCUCAGUGAAGGGAAUGCCUGGUCAGCCUGAGGUUCGCCGCUAAAUUCGAGUCAUGGGCUUAAAGCAACCACUUCGGAUUCGUCUGUCGACGCCACCACCCAUGCCCAAACCUAAGCCUAGGCCUCGAUAACCGACGCGCCAGCCACGGCAGCACACGCAGGAGCCGCCAAGGAUGGAGUUCGAGAUACUGAGGUCCGCGCUCGUCGAGGCCGGCGCCGCACGGCUGGGCCGCCUGGCCUUCCCCGGGCGCAGGCGCAUCGACACGCCCAACUUCUUCGCCGCCACCUCGCGCGGCGUUGUCCCACACCUGACGCCCGACAACCUAGCCCGCCACGACGACCUGGUCGGGGGCGCGUACCUGGCCUUUGAGGACUUCAUAGAGCGGAGCCAGAGGAAUCCCGGCCGCGUGCCCCCGCUGCUGCAGGCUGCCGCCAGGUUCCCGCCGCGGCCCCUGCACGCCUUCUGCGCCCUGCCGGCCGCCGUCCCCGUCGUGCUGGGCCCCAGGCGCGUGCCCGCCGCCGCCAACCAGCUCGGCAACGGGCCCGACUCGGUCUCGGUCUUCACCUCGACCGGCGUCCAGACCCUGACCACGGCCGCCUACGCCGACGCCGUCGUCGCCCUGCGGCCCGACGUCGUCGUGCCCAUGGCCGACCUGGCCUGGUUGCCCGUCGCCCCCGGCGGCAAGCGUGCCGCCCGCAUGGCCGACCGCACUGACGACUGGAUGGUGGGGCUGCGCCGGCGGCUGCUAGAGCAGCACCAGCGGGACGGCCUGCUCUCGUCGACGGCCGUCUUCGCCCCGACCCUGCCCGUCCCGCACGCCGUGCAGUGGGACUACCUGCGCUCCCUGUCCGAGGACAUGCUCGACUUUGUACACGGCCUGGCCGUCUACGACGUCGACAUAAUCCCAGACCUCCCGGCCUACCCGGGGCUCGCCGCCCUCCCGCGCCUGUCCCUCGACGUGCCCGCCACGCCGCACCACAUCCUGCGCCAGGUCUCGCUCGGCGUUGACGUGGUGCUACUGCCCACCAUCAACACGGCCUCCGAGGCCGGCGUCGCCUAUACCUUUGUCUUCCCCGCACCACCACCAUCCCCCACGCCAGCAGAACAAAUCCUCCCGCUGGCGGUAGACCUCACCCUCCCGGAGCACACGACCUCCCUGGCGCCCCUCUCGCCGGGCUGCGCCUGCCCGGCCUGCGCGACCCACCACGCCGCCUACCUGCACCACCUCCUCGCCGCGCGCGAGAUGCUGGCCUGGACGCUCCUGCAGCUGCACAACCACCACGUCUGCGCGGCCUUCUUCGCCGGCGUCCGCGCCUCGCUGGCCGCCGGCACCUUUGAGCGCGACGCGGCCGACUUCGCCGCUAGGUACGAGCCCGACGUGCCCGAGGGCAGGGGCGAGAGGCCUCGCGUCAGGGGCUACGCCGCCGGGAGAACCCAACAACAGCCCGACGAGCCCGCCCCGCAGAAGCUGAACCGCCCUGCCUGGGGCAAGCUCGGCGCCGUGGCGGCCGAUGCGGCGGCGGCGGCGGCGGUGGCGGGUCAGGAGUCGCAGGCUGAUGGGGCGGUGGCGGCGACUGCGUGAGCAUACGGUACUGCCUGUGUACGUCUGUCAUGAUCAUGGCGUUUGUCGAGGGCGGGGUGGCGCACGGGUUUCGAGGGUACAGCACUAAAAGGAGACGGUAAAUAUCUCCCAUGUUGAAGAUAGAGCUACACUGUGGGCGAAAGAAGAAGAAAAAAAAGAAGAAAAGAAAAAAUAGACGAAGAAAAAGUAG